UCCCACCUGUGAAAUGAAUUGACACUGGGCAAAACACGAAAAUAGUGUGUCUUGUGACCUGUAGUGCGAUGAAAACAUAAAAAAAUCACUCAAGUUAAUAGGUAAAUAAGAAAUGUUGGAAUAUAUUUGAUUCUAUUUUUAAACAUACUCGAAAAUGAGUGACCCAGAAACUUCGAAACCGUCCGAUACAGUAACCUCAUCAACACAGCCGUCUCCGCAAAACUCCACGAAUAACAAAAGUUGGGUAAAAUUCGAUGAAGAACAGGGAAACGAUAAUAAUCGAGAACCCGAUACUCCUGCUGUAAUAAAUACUGAAAGUGUACAAGUGAAUAUAGAAAGAAGUCUCAGUAGGUCUGCUGAAGGUAAUAACGUACCAGUAGCUGAUCCUAAACCAUUUAGAAAUGUGGAGUUAUCAGUUACUAACGUGGAACCAGUCCGACAAGGAUUUUCAAAUGGUGAUAUUAUAGUGACACUUUUACCCGUUAAUACCAAACUUCCGUGGAUAACACCAGCACAAUUCCGUCCAGAACUAGUGCCCGAGGAACUUAUGGCACAAGGUUUAACACUGACAGUGGAAGAAUACGUCCAGGCUUUGGAAUUAUUGGUAAACGAUGUUAGGUUUUCUUUAUACAACGUUUGUUAUAAAAGAGUUCUCGUCCUUUGGAUAACAAUAGCUUUUAUCGUACUAUUAGGUCUGCUUUUUUCGGGUUUGCAAGGACUCGCGCUUUUCGGAUUAGGAAUAGGAUGGUUGAUUUUGAACGCUCUGGCUAUUUUUCUAUCGAUGUAUUUGAAGUAUAAGUUACAGAGGAAUCUCGAAAAAUGUUUGGCCAACGUGAAUAAACAGUUACUAAGACAUAAGAUUGUUUUGGCGUUAGAUGACAGGGGUAAAAUAAGUUGCCACAAAGUGACGAUUUGUUUUAUCUAUUUGGACUCUGCACCUUGCAUAGCUAAUCUACAAAGUUCAAUAGACCAAAUCGAAAGAGACCACACGGGAGGAUGGGAACAAAGGAUGGACAUAAGCGCGCAGGAUAUCAUUAUUCAAGGUAGUAGGACAACGAGAUUGUCCAGAAAACAGGGACAAGCCGAACAACUUUUUCUUCGAUAUUUACAAAAGUGGGGAAAGGACUUUUUGCGCAGGCGAUUAGAUUGGACGUUGGACGAAAGGAAAGAGCAACUUUAUUAUAUUUACGUUAUAUAGCUAGAUGGGGCAGUCAUAGGGCUAGGGGUGUUCUAAACACUCCUCCGUCCACCGGGGGACGUCACUGCUCUUUAGUUAUGUGCCCAUGUCAAUACAUCCAAGAACAUCUAUUCUGUAAACCACCAGGCAAGUUAACUAUCAAGUCCUUUUUUUCACUUCCUGAUCAAGUAGAAUCGAAUAGAGCUCGAAAUCCUUCAUAAAUAUGAUCAUAUAUACCUAAUUUUAAUUUUUUUGUUUAAUUAUCAACGUUUAUACUAUUUGCGUGACGUGUCCUAUAUCCUAAUUUAAUUUGCUCAAUUUAAUUUAUGACAAGGAAUUCAGUUAAAUCGUAUCAAAUUUCAUCCUAUGUCAACAAAUUUCAAUACUACUAAACAGUAAAUCAAAGAGCAAUCGUCAAAUGUAGAAUCGGUUUUAAAACAGAGCAGUGUUGCCAAUUUGAAUAUUUGAAUAUAUCUCCCCAAUUCGGUCCUGAUAUUCCCAGGUUAUCCGCCAUUUUUUCCUUUCUACUUCUAUUCCUCUUUGUAUGAUAUUUGUUUGUUUUGAUUUAUUUAAAAAAAUUAGCAGUUACAAAAAAUAAUACUGAGGAUUUUGAAAUUUUAUAUAUAUGACACCUCGUAUAUUAAUAAAAUUAUUCUCGUCCACAAAUCUUAUAAAUUAAACAAUUAUUAUAAUGUUUUGUUGUUGAACUUCAAAUUUUCAACAAUCUAAAUAUGAAAUUCAAGGUCAUACCGUAUUGGAAAAUUACUAUGAUGGUAUAAAUUAAAUCGAUUCUACUGAUAAUUUCACGAUUGCUAAAUGAUAUGUCGUAUAGUGUGACCGUGGCUUUAGAUCAGUAUUUGAUAUAUUAAUUUGAAAACAAAAUUUAUUUACACUUUGUACAAAAUUUUUCCACUAAAACUUUCGGUUUUUGAAAUGUUAUAAUCAGCAAAUAAUUCUAUUAGUAUAUAACCUUGAAACCAAAUAAUUAUAAUUUUAAUAUAUGCACGCUAAUGUCACAAACGGUUGUCAAUGCAAAAAAUCACUAAACUGAUUCAUUAAUAUUGUAUUUAUGUGUACUCAUUUUCCCAAUUUAGAAGCUGGUAUUUAUUUGAUUGUAACAAAAUUCCAAGCACUAAUUAUUCAUAUUACUUUCAUUUCUCUUACUCAACAUUUUGAUAAAUACGAAUGGAAAUACCGUUCUCGACAAUAUUAAGACGUGGAGACGAACUCCGUCGAAGUUUGCCGAAGUAUUUAAUUAAAAUUACGAGCUUUGUUUCAGAGUUAAUUUAGAAUCGAUUCCGAAUCAGUCGAUUACCUAUUUGGGAUCGAUGUUCGAUUACGAGCCUAUUCUGAUUGUUGUUUUAUUGAUGUGAUCAGUGCGAACAGUCCCUACACUGAUUCGGAAUCAGGCACGUGAACAAAGCUACUGUUAUGUUGUAUUUUCAUGGUAUUUAAAUUCAAAUAAUUAUUUCUAGAAUUCAUAGGUUAAACUAAAAAUUUUAAUAGAUGGCGUUAAGUGUUAAAAUUGAAUCAAAAUAUCGAUUAUUUCUAAAUAAAAUAGUGUACGGGGGUUGCCUGAUAAGUUUGACUACCUGACAGCAAUUUAAUUUCUAUCAAUUUGUAUACGAGGGUUGCCUAAAAAGCUUUCUUAAAAAUAAAUAUUUCAUAAAAUUCAGUCAAAAAGUUUUUAUGCAUAAGAAACUCUUAUUCGAUGGUUAUACGUUGGGCCAUAUACACACGUACGGUUUACGUGAGAAUAAGGCGUUUUUAAAGAAAUCUAGACUGAAACAGAUAGAAAUUUUCAUACUUUCCUCGUAUUCAUAGUGUGCAUAAAUAAAUUUAAUCUAUGAAUUUUCGAAAUUUCUUAUUAGGUUUAUGGCUUCUUGUGGGAUUUUUUAUUGGCGCUAAUUUAACUCCGGGGCGUAUGCUUAGCACUUAAUUUUGCAUAUAAAAAGACUGUUCGAAAGUAAAUAAUGUUUAAAAGAUAUAUAUUUAUCAUUCAACAUCAUAUCAAUAUUAUAAAAUACUUUGAAGCAAUAUUAUAGUAUAUAAUAAUAUUUGAAUGAAUGUUUAUUUACAUUAUUGAUAACAUUUCUGUUAUAUCUGAUUUGAAUUUUGAAGUUUCAAUAGCAAAAACAACAAUUAUUAAAAUUUUAUAAGCAUUAGUAAGAAAUAUUUGUUUAUCAAUCAAAAUGAUAGAAAUAGCUUAAUUUUUGGAUGAAUAAAAUAUUGAAUAGUUUAUAUGAACAACAAACAAAGCUCGUCUUGAGGGCAUAAUCUACUCAUUUAGCGUUUUUAGUUAUAUUUUGAACCUAAUAGGUGGUAGUAAUGAUACACUAGGUACUGAAAAGAAACUAAGCACAAAUACCAACUUAAUACUAAUUGAUCAUUAUAAACCGAAUUAACUAAAUAAAAAUGCCAACUUGACACUAAUUGUUACUAUUACGUCAUCAACUAGACGAAUAUUUCAAACUAAUAAUCUCAAACACGCCAAAUUAAUAAAAAAAUAAAGCAUUGUGAUAAUUGUUGUUUGUCUAUUUGGAAUUAUUCAAAUCAUAUUAAAAAAACUUUCAUAUCACUAUAUUGUUAUCGAAUAUUUUUUUCGAAUAUAAAAUGAUCUGUUUUGUAUUGGUAUUAAUAACAAAAAACGCGAACUUAUAUGUUUAUACAAAAUUUAUAUACAAUUUAUUGAUACAGGCUCUCGUUUCUAAUGAGGAUGCUUGAAAAACUAAAAGUUUUAAUUAUUUUUCUUUUUCUUAUUUGAAUUUUUCAUUUGAUUUCAACUCGAGAUGUUUAAUGCUAGCGCAUGAAACUUGGCAACGCCGUACUUGAUUCUAGCAGUGAUAAACAGUCAGUUUUUUAUAGGUUAAGAUAAUAUUAGCGGGGAUAACAAGAUUUAUAUCGUUUUAGUUAUUUAUUUAGUUAUAUAGUAUUGAUUCAUCAUAGUUAAUAAACAUUCAUUUGCACUAUUUAUUAAAAAAUAUAUAUACCUGGUUAAUCACUGUAUUUCAUUUUAUGUUGCUUACUCGUUCACCAAUCUUGAACAUUUUCAUAUCGGAAGCUUUCAAACACUUAUUUGAAGGUAUAUUUUGUGUUGAAGAUUAAUUAAUUAACUUCCAAUAGUGCAAUUGAUUUGUUCCUCCAGACUCAUCUUAACACUAGAUGAGUAUUGAUUAGGAAUGAUCAAUUUACGUAUUGGUUUAAUAAGUAGACUGGAUUCUUUUCAUGUAAAAUUAUUAAACGAUGCUAAUAUUUUAACACACCAUUUAUUUUUCACUAGAAAAAUCAUUUCACAUCACUAAAAACUAUUUUAACAUUUUGUUUAAUAACGAACGAACACAGAUCGCGGGAAAGACUAACGUGUAUUGUCACAAUACGCGCCAAUAUGGCUACCAAAGAAUCAAACAAUAAGCGCUAUUGCCAAGUUUAACUUUCACUUUAUUAUUAUAAAAUAAAUCACAUAUUUAUGUACAAAAAAUGAAGGAAAAAUUAUUGGUCCAUUAACAAUUAUAUUUUUUUUUUCGAAUUUUUGAAAAAAAUUUUAAUUUAUUUAAAAGUACAAUUCUGUUUAUUGAAAUAGCAUACAAAGCAUAUUUUUAGCUGUGUAAAUUGGUUGACUGUAAACGCGGAUAUGUCCUUCAAAGCACGACUCGAAUGUUUUUCAUCUGGGAAGACAAUUCGUUCUCAAAAGUCCAGAUCACGAUACACAUAAUUAAAUGCAAACACAAUUUUGGAUUCAUUUGAAAGCGAUGCUUUCCCAGCUCGAGAUCCUGGAAAAUAUGUUGCAUAUGCAGCACUAGGAGCCGAUUCAAAGGGACGAUCUUUCAAAAAAUUUAUCAAUGCAACAUCUUGUGUGUUAUUGCAAAUUUUCCUUCCUCCAGACCUAACCUUUCGCUUCUUCACUCUGCCAAUCGCCAAUCUUGUGGUAAACCAGCCAUCUUGUGAUAGUCCAGCCAUCUUGUGAUAGACCAGCCAUCUUCCAAUUUGGCAAUAAUGGAAGUUUUCUGAAUAUGAGUUAACUGAAGAAGCAUUAAUUACACUUUUACUUCAAUUGAACUAAAAUUAAUUAUUGAAUUAUUUGUCACUGACAAUGACAGUGACAUUAGGUAGGAACUGUGAUUUACGCAGAUAAAUGUUGAAUGUUUUUUCAGUGAACAGAAUUAUUCAUCACUUCAAACACUUAUACUGAAAAUCCGUAUAGCAUGUAAAUUAAUAUUACAGUAAUUACAACUUUUGAACCCUCUCAUAAGAAAAGAAAGACUGUAUUAAAAAAAGUUUCACCCCCAAAUUACUUCUCAUUGACUACGUGAUGAAUGUUUGUUUUAAUCAAAUAUGCAGAGGUCGGUAUGAGUCAGGUACAACAUUUGCAUUAAAAUGAAUUUAUUAAAAGACAUUACAAAAGGGAUUCGAAAAAGGGUCCAGCGAAGCAUGUCAAGCGUAGAGUUUCAAAUUUUUCUUCAAUUGCAUUUCGGAGAUCGGGAAGGGUGCGUGAUUCUUUUGCACAAACUAAGUCUUUAAGAAGACCCCACAGGGUGUCAGAUCUCACGACGGUGCUUGUCUCCAAAAUGAACACUUAACCCGUAGUGCGGCGAAGCUCCAACCUGUAUGAAACGACGACGAAAUAUUCGAGCAUUUCCAAAUAACUGGAAAUCGUCAAAAAAUACGGUUUCACCAGACCUCACGCAUGGAUACCUGCCGAUUUUUCGAAAGCGUUGCCUGGCAAAAGGUCGAAACUCACAAGCAACACGCCACGCCACCCCACGCCAUACGACGUCGGUUCACGAGGUACGUAGCUGUUUUUAGAGUUUUUAGAAGAAUCAAUAUAAACACAACGCGAUAAAACUUUUCCAUAGAAUGGCAUAAAAAGAGAGGGGGAGGUUACAUCUGAGAAUUUUGAUUCGUCCCGCGUAGGGUGGAGUGGCGUGGCGUGUUGCUAGUGGCUUUUAUGCCGACCUCUCUAUCACUUAUAGAAACCAACCGUUUUUAGUCGCCGUUGAUUGUUAUACAUUUUUAAAUAUAAAUAAAAAUCUUCUAGAAUGUUCAUUCAAAGAAGUUGUUAUGUAUACUAAAUUCGAUUUACAAAAAACCAUGAUAAAGCGUUUGUUGUUGUUUUAAUUGGUUUGUAAAUUGAGUUUUAAGUAUAGUUAUAUAUUUACUAAACACAUUCCGUCCACAUUUGUGAAUAAAAAUGUACUUAUUUUUAUUAUUAAACGGUUUAACAUAUA